AUGAAAAAGAUAUAAAAUAAUCAACCAAUCAACAGACCACUUUAUCAAUAAGCAUACAAAGUUCAAGAUUAAGUUGUUCCUUAAGGGAUUGCCUUUUUUUCAACAUCUGGUAAAAGACAUUAUCCAGAUUUUCAGAGAGGAGAACUAGAAACUUAUUAAGGAAUGCAACAUCUACUUGACCCACCCAAAAAGUAAAAAUGAUUUUGAGAUAUUCAUAGAUUAACUCAAGAUUAUGAUAGAUCUUUGAAUACAAAAGACAUUGAUGGAGCAGUUACAAAUACUCUACGUAGUAAAGUUGUAAAAAACAUGGAAUUAGCAUAAGUUUAUAAAUAAGAAAAGCAGAAAUCCUUAUGGGAGCAUAGUAGUAAACCUAGUGAUCUCGAUUCUUAAGCAUAUUAACCAAGAAAAUAAUGGGAUGACAAUGAUCCAUAUAAAAAUAGAAGUGCAAUAUACACUAAUUAUGAGGAUUCUAAAAGAAAAUUAGAUGAUUUAAGUGAUAAACAUUUUGAAACUAUUAAAUAUCCUGAAUCUACUACUUUUAAACCUAAUCAACAAUUUCAUGAAUCUUAACUUUAACAAUAAUAAUUAUAUACAUAUGAAGAUCCAAAUUUGAUUGCAUAACGUUAACAAUAAUAAAAUUAGCAAGAUUUAAUUCAUCUAUAAAAUUCAUUAUCAUAACCAAAUUUAGUAGCUUAGACUCAAAAUACUUAACCUUCCAACUAAUCUGAAUAAAGAUAUUAAUAACCUCCUCUUUAUCAAUAAUAGAUUGAAGAUGAGAGAUAGAAAUAGCAAUAAUUAUUAAUGCAAAAAUAGUGGGAAUAAUAAAGAAUAGAGAGUCUUCAAAAAUUAUAAUAAUAAUAAAAUGAUAAAAUUAGAGAACAACAUAAUCUAAAAAUGCAAUAGGAUUAAGACUAUUAAAUUAUUUAAGAGUAAAGAUAAUCAUCAUUAAACUAAAAAUAACAAUAUGCUCGAGAUUUAAGAUAAUAAUAAGAAAGUAACAAAGAGGGGAAUUAUAGAAAAGGAUUCACUCCUCCACCUGCAUCCAAAAGUGAAAUUAUAGGUUCUUUAUUAUAAGCUCCUAAAUUGUAAAAAUCUUAAGGUUUUGAUGGAGAUAUGAAUUAAGAUGUGAGAGAUUCUUUGUCAAAAGAGAUUGAAGAAAAUGACAAAAAAUUAGUAAUCAAUCGAUUUAGACCACAUGAAUUACAGUAAUAUAUUUAUGAUAUGAAAAAUGGACGAAUUGGUGGAAGCAAAACUAGAAAUAAUCCAACUUUUAUGUCUUAUGCAGGACAAUAAUUAGUGAAUCAACAACAAUGA